GGAGACAAGGGGCUCUUCAUUACGGUCCCGAUGGCGAUGGAGAGUGUAUGAAGUGCUCUGUUGUGGGACCGGUGGACAAAGUUUCUAUCUGUUACUCCGACACAGAGAUAAGGCAAUAUUGUUCCGUCGGAAAAGGGUUUUUCAAGAAGCCAUUGUGGACGCUCUGAAAAGACAUUUAUGCGGCCGCAGAAUAUGAGGUAUUGUGUGGUUGACAUUUAUGUCCGCUAAUAUGGUGUCGAAGGUGUGAGGUGAAAUGAUAGAUGUCAUUUAAUGAAAAUAAUCUUUGAUACUUAUCUCGCUGGACACGGUUGAGUUGAACCAUUUGUUCUGAUGAUGGUGUUUUAUUUUAUUAAAGUGUUUCCGGUAAUUUGAAUUAUAAGAAAAAUACAGAAUUUUUAUUUUCUGCGAAGGAAAAUAGUGUGAGAACGAGAAAUUUAAUUAAUCCCCAAACUUUGUGUGUAUUCAUCCACCUAUUUAUUUUUUAUAAGAUAAAAAAAUAGUAAGAAAGGGAAAACCGUAAAUUGGCAUUUCAUGCUUAAUAAUAAAUGAAGUGAAUAAAAUGAUAGUGCGACAGACUGUUGUUUUCCCAAGUUAACGGCAGAAAAAUACGAAUUUAAUUUUAAAAUUUGAUAUUUAUGUAACUGUAAUAAUUCAUCGACGUUCAGACUGAGAGACAGUUCUGAAAUAUCGGCAAAAAAGAAAAGAAAAAGACAAUUUUCCUACUCUUCAAUAGUUGACUUUGCCUUGGAAGCAUGAACCAUUAGUUUUUGUUUUCUUUCAACAUAAUCUUUUAAGUGACCAUGAUGGACAGAGACGACUGCAAGCAUGAAUACGACGAUGACAUGGACGCUGGGUCUUCCGGAGGAGGAUCUCCUGGGGCUUGCGAGGGGCUGUCCCCUGAUAGCGGGCACGGUGGCAUGGCAGACGCCUUGGACGCUAAUCCCCGCAUACAGGCCGCCGUAUCUAAAGUCCUACAAAGUUACGAUUGGUCACUAGUGGCCAAGACUUCGCGCCAGGGCGGCGGAGAUAAAAGGAAACCCCACGUGAAACGGCCCAUGAACGCGUUCAUGGUUUGGGCACAGGCAGCACGCCGAAAGCUUGCCGAUCAGUAUCCACACCUGCAUAACGCCGAACUAAGCAAGACACUCGGGAAACUCUGGAGGGUCCUGGGCGAUGACGAAAAGAAACCUUUCAUCGAGGAGGCCGAGCGGCUGCGGUGCAAGCACAAAAAGGACUACCCUGACUACAAGUACCAGCCCAGGCGUCGGAAACCUCCCAAAAGUUCGUCGGCCUUCAUGACGCAGGACAAGCCCCCUUCCACCGACCAUAUGACUGCGGCCGCCCCAGAACCCUGUCAGCCGGACACCGAAUCCUCCAAGCAUUAUUCCGGUGCGCACUACGGGGCAAGCAGGACAUCCCCGCCCACGCCUCCAACGACGCCGCAGCACGGCAACAGAUUCGCCAACCAGCAACAGCACAUCAGGGAAGAUCCGCAGCAGCACAUUGGACACAGUGUCACAGAGCUUUCUAAUCGAGGUCCUGAUCACAACAAUGGCGGACUGUCCCCGUCUCUUGUUGGAGCCACUUCUUCGCCAGCUAUUACAACAUCCACCACAUCCCGAAAUGGACCGUGCAAGUAUGCAACGGCAACCGUCCUGGAACCUUCCGUCUCUUCCUCUUCCCUCGGACCUCCUACGGCCGACCCCUACGUGCACUUCGGAUUGACGCCCCACCACCAGUACACCCACCAUUUGCAGCCUACCGGUCCACCAGGACCUCCCUCUUGGAAUCGAUUCGGUGAACCAUUCUCACAGAGGGUUGGGUGUUUACCUACAGCAGGUGGUCCACGAGAUCACCACCCUCUUUCUGGAAACGAACAUCCCUUGUUGGGGGAGAUGGACAAGACCGCCAGUGGAAUGAGCAGUCAGUUAUCACAGCAUCAUCAGCCGACGCUGGAUUUGUAUAGGGGUGGUUACAGUGCUCCAGAAUUUCAUCACAGUAACCGCAGAGUGACACCUCAUCAGCCAACAUCUUUCUUGGAAAGUGCCAGUGACAGCGGCUUUGGUCACUGCGGUGGAGCCGCCAAGACUUUCGGACCAUUGAGCAUGCAGAGCUGUCCGGUUUUUGGACACAUGGCGCCAGUUUCAUCCGCUCAAGAUCAGAGCAGCAUGUUCUCUUCCGGUCCAGUGAUGUCGGACUCCGGAGCCGGAUCCUGUGCUUACAAUCCGGCCCAUUCACUCGGACAUUUCCUGCAACCUAAGUAAACGAAAAAGAAAAACGUUCUUGAACUAUCCAAGGAUCUUUUUAUGUGUUUCGAAAGCACGGACACUUGUUGAGAAUGAUAGACAGUUAUACUGGCACCUCUCUCUCUCUCUCUUUGUUUCUUUUGUUUUUUUUUUCUUUUCCUAGCUCUUUUUAUAUGAUGUUGUUUUAUUUGUACUGUGCAAGAACGAAAUAUUGAUCUGACCUGACGUUUGGUUACAUGAAACAUGUGCUUUAUUAUAAAGAUUUGAAGUAAAAUCUAUAAGAACAA